GGACAGGAACGGGCGCGGCUGCUUGAGAGCUGACGGCACUGGGACCGAGACUGGGACCGGAACGGGCGCGGCUGCUGGAGAGCUGAUGGCACCGGGACCGAGACUGGGACAGGAACGGGCACGGCUGCUGGAGAGCUGACGGCACCGGCACGGCUGCUUCAGGGCUGGUGGCACCGGCGCGGUUCCUGGUGCCGCCCGCCAGGGGCCGCUGCGCGGCGGAGGACUGCGGAACUGACAGUCACGUGCCCUCAGCGGGGCCGCUCUGGCUGGCACCGCCCGCGUCUCUAUAGCCUUGUCGCCAUGGGAACGCGGCGGCCCUGGGAGUGGCGCGAUGGCGGCGGGCGGUGGCGGGGGGGGGCCGGGACCGGGACCGCCCUCGGGAACCCCACCGGGCGAGGAGGCCGCCCCUGAAACCCCACCGGGCGAGGAGGAGGCGGCCGCCGCCGCGGUCCCCCUGGACCGUUCCGGUGCCCCCGUCGGCCCCGAGACGCGGAGGAAGCGCAGUGUCCCCUCCAUCAACCUGAGCGGCUGCAGGUACGAAAGCGUUCGGCGGGCAGCACAGCACUGCGGGCUGAAGGAAGCGGGAGAGAACGAGGAGUGGACAGUGUGCUGGACAGACACCUCGGUGUCUCUGGAGCGCCUCAUGGAAAUGAAGCGGUUCCAGAAAAUCAACCACUUCCCAGGCAUGAUUGAGCUCUGCCGUAAGGACCUGCUGGCUCGCAACCUGAACCGCAUGCUCCGGCUCUUCCCCGAGGAGUACAACAUCUUCCCCCGCACGUGGUGCCUGCCAGCCGACUAUGGAGAUUUCCAUGCCUACAGAUCCAUGAGGAAAACCAGAACAUUCAUCUGCAAGCCCGACAACAGCUGCCAGGGAAAAGGGAUCUUCAUAACCCACCACCCGGAGGAGAUCAAGCAUGGGGAGCGCAUGAUCUGUCAGCAGUACAUCUCUGAGCCCUUCCUCAUUGAUGGCUUCAAGUUUGACAUGCGCAUCUAUGUGCUGGUCACAUCCUGUGACCCGCUGAGAGUUUUUCUCUACAAGGAGGGCCUGGCCCGGUUUGCCACCAUGAGGUACAUCGAUCGCAGCAGCAGAAACCUGGGUGACAUCUGCAUGCAUCUGACCAAUUAUGCAAUCAACAAGCACAAUGAGAACUUCGUCCAGGAUGACACAAUGGGCAGCAAGAGGAAGCUGUCCACCCUGAACACCUGGAUGGCAGAGCACAGCUACGACACAACAAAGCUCUGGGCAGAUAUUGAUGACAUUGUCAUAAAGACACUGAUUUCGGCUCACCCUGUGGUGAAGCACCACUACCAGAGCUGCUUCCCCAACCACGCUGCCGGCUGUGCCUGCUUCGAGAUCCUGGGCUUUGACAUUUUGCUGGACAGAAGGCUGAAGCCGUGGCUGCUGGAGGUGAACCACUCUCCCAGCUUCUGCACAGACUCUCAGCUAGACCGUGAGGUGAAGGAUGCCCUUCUGUGUGACACCUUCAACCUGAUCAAUGUGCACGCCUGUGACAGAAGGAAGGUGCUGGAGGAAGACAAGCGGCGGGUAAAGGAGCGGCUCCUUCAGGCCAACCAGACCCAGACUCUCCGUGAGUCCAGGCGCAGGGAGCAGGAGAGCAGCCAGGCUGCCUGGCUGGCACAGGCCGAGACCUACGAGAACGAGCACCUGGGCGGCUUCCGGCGCAUCUACCCAGCACCUGGCACAGAGAAAUACGAGCCCUUCUUCCACCAGGGCAGGUCCCUCUUCCAGGAAACGGCAGCCUCCAAGGCACGAGAGGAGCAUGCCAGGCAGCAGCUGGAGGAGAUUCGCCUGAAAAACGAAAAGCUGGAAGCUGCCACCAGGAAGAAGAAAACAGAGAGGAUCCAGAAUAGAAGCACAGCUUCUACAACCCACCUCACUCACAGAAGCACCAAGACAUGGGAUAGAAAGGUGCAGCACGUGCAGUAUGACUCCAUGCAGCCCCAGGACAUUGUGGAACACGAGGAGAAGAGGAGAGUGACUGCUCUGCUGCAGCGUGAGAAGCUGAUCCGAGACCUGGGCAUCACCAACCAGCUCUCUCGGCUGCUCCCCACAGCUGACAGCCAGGGAUCCUGCACCCUCCGGAGCCAGCUGCAGUUUCCAUGGGAUGCCCUUGGGAACCAGGACACCCAUGACUUAAUGAUGGUCAUCUCAGUCCUGGGAGGCCCAGCCCAUGCCUCGGAACACUGGGUCAGAGCCGAGGCCCUGCAGCCGGACACGCUGGGCCCAGCCCCCAACGACGUGGACACCCUCUGUGUUCGAGGCCGGAGUGUCCCGUACCACACGCGGCACGAGGGCUCCCGGGUGCUGGGCGGGGGCUGGCUGCGGGGCCGGGCAGCACGGGCAGCCGUCACCCACCCCGAGGGGCUGCUGCUGAGAGACCAGCAGCUCCCUGGUGCCAGAACACAGGCUGAAGGCUGUGAUGCUGCCAGCCCGUCGUCCUCCCAUGCAGGCAGCUGUCCCCCAGCAUCCCCAGCCAGCCCGGGGGAGGUCAAAGACGAUGGCAUCUUCAGCUGUGCUGUGGUCCAGGAGCUCCCCGCCGCCGCCGCCGCUCAUGUGCAGCACACACGUGCCUCACACCAUGGCAGAGCCUCACUGUGCCAGUGUGUCACACACUUCCAGCAUGAAAGGCACAAGUAACGUG